AUGAAUUCAGAAUCAACGACACCAAGUCAAUCACCUAAAAAAAUUUCAACAUUGCUAACCAACAUAUCUCUUUCUAACAAUAAUAAUGAUAACAGCACUUGGAAUAAAAACAUUAUAAAUGAUAUAUUCUUUUCAUUUACAAAAGUAGAUUAUGAUCAAGAAAAUUUAAAGAAAAAAAAUAAAUCAUUUGAAGAAAAUCUAAAUGGUUACAUAGUUAAUGUCAAGAAAAAUAUGGAGUCUAGAAGACAUCUUUGGCAAAAUACUAUAACAAGCAAUAAAGGAGAAAUAACAAAAUUGCAAGAAGAAAUUAAACUAUUUGAGAAAAUGCGUAUAGAAUUUAUUAAAUCAUUAGAAAACGAAAAAAAAGAACUUUCAAAAAUUCAAAUGGAAAUUACGAAUCUUAAACUAGAAGAAUGUUCUAGGAAUGAAGGAAUUAUCGUGUUGAAAAAAAGAAUUGAGAGAGCCGAAGAAGAUAUUAAGCAGCAACGUGAAGCUAUCGAGGUCAAACGAGCAUUACUAGAAACACAGCUUUCGAAAAACUCACCAGAAUUAAACAUUUUUACUGAUAAAUUGGCGUUAACAAUGGCACGUGUACGAGUAGACGAUGUGAUAAGUUUUAUAUUCACGUGUAUUUAUGAUAACAAUUUGUCUCGAUCAUGUUACUUCACAAUUGAUGUUGGAGAAACAAUGUAUAAAGUCAUAGAAUGUAAUCCUAUACUCGAAGAAUUAGAUGAACUGGUUUCGCAGUUAAAUACUAGUCGUGAUUUCUUUUCAUUCCUGAAGAAAAUGAGGCAUGGAUUUCGUAAAUACGCAAAAGCAGAUACAUAA